AAAAAAACCAAACGUCAUCCCUAUCUCUCAUGGAAGAUAACCACCGCCUCUCUCCAUGUGUGUCCUGUGUUUCCCAAAGGCUCUCGCCCAUGUCUUCAAAAUCUAUUUCAAGGCCAGUUACAAUUUCGAAUCCGGGACCUGGCCCAUCGAAUUCCAGUGGGAUGAACCCAGCAACGGCGGCAAUGCCCGAGGCUGUAUCCGAGGCCGAGGGCGCCAGAUCCUCGUCAAAGCGGCGUCUCAACUGUGUCUACCGGCGUCUGCGUUCGUCGACAGGCCGGGUAGAGACCAGGCUACCUGCUGGCAUUUCCUCAGCACUGCCAAACAACUCCCGAGCCAACUGGCCAGCUACGUCAUGGCCCAUUCCUUAGGCCGCUGGCUUCUCUACCCCGGCUCCAUGUUCCUCCUGAACCAAGCCUUGUUGCCGAUCCUGGCAAAGGGUCAAGCUCGCCUUCAGAGGGACUACAACGGGAGACGCGCCAAGCUGGUGGCUCGGGACGGGAACAAGAUCGACACCAUGUUUGUGGACAGGAGGAUGACAGCAAUGGGCUCCGCGAAGGGUCGAGGGAAGCAGCUGGUGAUCUGUUGCGAGGGGAACGUCAGCUUCUACGAGUGGGGUUGCCUUUCCACCCCCCUGCAGACCGGAUAUUCCGUGCUCGGGUGGAACCACCCAGGUUUCGGGGGCAGCACGGGCCAGCCCUAUCCGCAGAACGACGCCAACGCAGUGGACGUGGUGAUCCAGUACGCGACCCGCCGGCUGGGCUUCAAGCUACAAGACAUCAUUGUCUACGGAUGGUCCUUAGGGGGCUACUCGGCUACCUGGGCUGCUAUGACCUACCCGUUGCUCGGUUCCUUGGUCUUGGACGCCACUUUCGACGACCUGCUUCCCUUAGCCCUGAACGUCAUGCCCAAGAGCUGGAAGAAGUUGGUGGUGCGGACGGUGAAGGACCACUUCAACCUCAACGUGGGCGAACAGCUGUGCAGGUACUUGGGGCCAGUCUUGUUGAUCCGAAGGACCCAGGACGAGGUUAUCACCACCUGUCCUGAUCUCGACGACCAGAUCAUCAACGUCCGGUACAACAGGGCUAACGAGCUGCUGGUCCAGCUGCUGGAGCAUCGCUACCCGGACAUCAUGACGCAAGAAGGUCUGUUCGCCGUCUACGAAUGGCUCAAAGCCGCCAACCCUUGCCAGGAGCAGGCGGUCUGCCGCCAUUAUGAGAUCGACGAGGCGUGGUGUCUCCGGGAGCUACAGAACUACAAGUCGAGCCAAGGUCCCGAAAUCCAUUUCCCGUGGAGGGUCGGGAAGUCGAUGGCUUCCAAGGAGAAGCAGCAGAUAGCCGUCUUUUUAGCCAAGAAGCACAUGAAAAACAUAGAGGCCCCGCAUUGGUCUCUACUUAAACCCCAUGAUUUCCAGAUGCCUUGGAAGUUAUAGAUGGAGUAGAGAAGGUGGGAAUACAAGAAAGAGAGACACAUCGAAAG